CGUACACUGUAAUACAAUUGUUUUUUUUUCUUCCAUAAUGUUAUACGAAGCGACAAAAGUUGAAAGAAAGUAUUGCAGUUUGAAAAGAUGAUAAGGAGGAAAAUUUACACUAUGACGAGAAGUUGCAUAACUAAUGAUCUUUUGCUCCCUUAUUUGCAACUAGUGAGAUAAAAAUGUGUAUUUUGUAUACAGGAGAAGCCCAACUCUAACGAUAACACUUCUCUUUCCUUUAGGAUCAGUAAAUUUUGCAACAGCAUAAUGGCCACUAUUACAACUGUCAUGCUACCAUAUAUGAUUAUGAUUUUCUUGUUUUUUGGCAUCGCCAAUGCCUUUCUUCGUCCUGUCUCAGACGCUCAAACUUUCGACAUUGUUAAUAUCGAAUAUCUUACAGAGGGUCAAAAACUAGGCGUUGCCGAAUGUACAUUAUCAAAGGUUCUCACAGCAGAUGAAAUUCAGAAAAGCGAGAAGGAGCUUCAGUGUCUGCACCUGCCGAUGUUGGUUAGCAACGGUGAUAAUGCCGGUACACAAAAAAUGGCAGAUUAUUGUGCCUUUGGACAAAAUGAAAAGAUUGCCAAAUGCUCUGAUAUUGCUGAGGUCUGUGAAAAGAAACUCGGUGGUAGAAUAACCUUGGCAAGUGCUACUUGCUCAGAAAUAGUGCAUCGUCAAACAACCAACCCAAAAUAGGAAACUUUAAACAACAUAGUGAAUGAGAUUCGAGCAUAUAAAGGCAAGAUAAUAAGUUUUUUUAGAAGGCACUACACUAUUGCUUUGUUAUACGGAAUGGCAU